AUGGAGAGAUUUAUCUAUCCCCUCUACAGUGUGUACCAGGGGUAUGGUGGCACCCUCAUGUCCAGCCAGGGUGGGGGUUUGGUGGGCCCCAAACAGAAGCAGCCCAAGUGGAAGCAAAGCAAAGGCAGCAGCCCUUCCCUGGGCGUUCCCACCACUCCCGCCACAGCAGCUGGCCCGGAGCCUGCUGACUACCUGGACGCCUACAUGUGGGCGCAGCUCAAGGCGCUGCUGUCCCAAGUGAGCCCAGGCCUCACCCCACGGCUCCGCAAGGCCAACACCAAGGAGGUGGGGGUGCAGGUGAACCCAGGGGUGGAUGCCUCAGUGCAGUGCUUGAUGGGGCCCUGCACGCUGCAGGGCACCUGCCCGCAGAGCUCCUCAGUCCGCUUCAUCUGGAUGGGCCCAGCCAUCUACUCGCCUGGGUUGGACUGGCGCCUCUUCACCCUGGCCGCGGUGGCCAGGCCUCAGGUGGUGCCACCCAUGGUCCCGGAAAGGAAGGAGGGAGCCGACGGAGGGCAGGUGGCACUGCAGCCGAGGAAGAGCCCGUUCUUGGAAUAGAAGUAUGGCUAUUUUCAUUGUAAAGACUGCAAAACCAGAUGGGAGAGCGCGUAUGUGUGGUGCAUUUCUGGAAGUAACAAGGUUUACUUUAAACAACUCUGUCACAAAUGCCAAAAGGACUUCAAUCCUUAUUGAGUGGAAGCAAUCCAGUGCCAGACUUGCUCAAAGACUCGUUGCUCCUGCCCCAGAAGACACAUUGACCUCAAGAGACUCCACCGCCAAGAGCUGUGUGGUCACUGCAAAGGCAAGAGAUUAUUCUGUGACAACACUUACAGCUUUAAGUACAUUGUUUGA